UUAAAUUAAGCGAGGUAACAAUUUUUGAAGAUUAUAAUAUAGCGCCAAUUAUCGAUAUCCGAUAUUUAUAUACCUGAUGCGUGCCGUUCAAAUUAAGUACAAUUUUUAUUUAUGGGUUUUUAACUUGGUGACAAAUUUAGCACCUAUUAUUAAUAUCACAUCUCUUGUAUGCCUAAUAUGUAUCGUUCAAAUUAAGUAGAAUUUUUAUUUAUGAGACUUUAAUAGAUACAAAAAUAUAUAUCUAGGUUUUAUCAUAUACCAUCUAAUCAAAUUUGGCCCGGACUGGUCCAUUUAAACCGCGCGCGUAAAUUGAAUCGGUGAAAAUUUUUUUUUCCAAAUUGGUACAACCUUCUCUGACAUUCGUGUGAAAUUUGAGCGGGAUACGUCAGUUAGUGUGUGUUUGGCAGCCAUUUGUUUACGACGCAAAAAGUUUCUCUGGCGAUUUUUACUAUGGAAAAAAAAAUUGAACAACGAGUUUGCUUGAAAUUUUGUGUUUCCAAUGGAAUUACGGCUACGGAAUCAUUGAAAAUGUUGCAGAAGUGUUUUGGGGAGUCUACUCUAUUGAGAACGCAAGUAUUUGAGUGGCAUAAAGCAUUCAGUGAGGGUUGUGAGGUCGUAGAAAACUUGUCUCAUGCGAGUCGUCCAUCCACCUCUGUUAACGACGAUAACAUGGAAAAAGUGAAGGAAAUUGUGCUUGAAAAUCGCCGUGUUGGCAUUAGAGAGAUAGCAGAAGCUCUCAACAUCUCUUAUGGAUCGACUCAACACAUUUUGGUUAAUGUUUUGGGUAUGAAGCGCAUCGCCGCCAGACUCGUACCGAAAGACCUGAAUAAAAGUCAUCGCUCAGCCACCGUAUUUGCCAGAUUUGGCUCCCUGUGAAUUUUUUCUGUUUCCGAAACUCAAAUAUCCGCUCCGGGGAACGCGCCAUGAAUCGAUUGAGGCCAUAAAAAGAAAUUCGCUGAAGGAACUAAAGGCCAUCCCGGCCGAGGCCUAUAAGAAGUGUAUGGAAAAUUGGAUUAAUCGUUGGCAUGCUUGUAUUGGCUC